AUGGAGCCAUCGCCACUCCGACCAAAGGAACCAGACACUCACACGGCCCCUCAAACGCAAUCAUUGUAUGAUUCCAGUUUCAUGAUGAUGGAUGACUCCACCAUAUUUUCUUCUUACCUUGAAACGGAAAACUUUAAUGACACUACCGGCAAAGUCGCCUCCAAACGAAGUUUCGGAGAUUUUUCUUCGCAGAACGAUGAGGGAUCCUACUGCAGCAUCGUUGCGAGCUCCAAGCGAAGCCGCGAAGGCUUCUUCUUAUCCUCCAACCAUAACCACCAAGGCGACCCAUGCAACAAGCGCCAACGAACGACAAGCCAUGUGCAAAGUACUUUUGGAGACGAAGAAAGCACAGCUCGCUUUCGCCCCUAUCAAGAGAAGCAAUGGCGAGAUCAGUUCCAAAAACUCAUCCAAUACAAGAUGAGGAAUGGGCACUGCUGCGUUCCUCAUUCUUACCAAGAAGAUCCUGUCCUCGCACGAUGGGUCAAGAGACAACGAUAUCAAUACAAGAAGUUCAACGAUAACAAUCCUACCUCUACGAUGACCACUCGUCGUAUCCAAGACCUCGAAUCGAUUGGCUUUAUAUGGCAAUCCCAUGCUUCUGCGUGGCAGGAAAAGUUCAAUGAACUCAAGGCCUUCAAGCAACGAACGGGACACUGCAAUGUACCAUCGGACUAUCCAGAGAAUGUUGGACUCUCCACUUGGGCAAAGUGUCAACGCCGUCAAUACAAGCUCUACAAAUCUGGGGCGUCGUCCAGCAUGACCAUCCACCGCUUGCAAACGUUGGAAUCGUUGGGUUUUGUGUUUGAACCGCAACUGCUGUCAAAACAAAGAGUGUGA